AUGUCUACCUUCAAUGCAGAAACUGCUGAUAAUUUAGAAGAUAUUGAGAAACAGUUCGCCGUUGUUGCUGUUGAGCAAGCGGAAACAUACUGGAAAUUAUUAACAAGUGUUCCAGGUUCCAAGUUGCAUUUGACCAAGUUUGAUGACGAAAUAUAUGAAAAUUUUAUUGAAAGAUUCCCAGAGUACAAGGAUGUUGAGAGAGUGAAAAAGUUCACAGAGGAGGAGCUAAAAACCAAAGAAGCCAAGGAAAGAUGGAGAAAGUUCUUUACAAUCUUUGAAAAAAAAAUUGAGGAUUAUAACUUUGGUACUCUAUUAAGAACCGACGCUUCUGCUGAAUAUGGUCAAUUCACUACUUGUUUUGUCGUGAGGCUACAAUUCUAUGCUUUUGAAAUUGCUAGAAACAAGCACGGUUUAAACGAUUGGAUUGCCGGCCAGAAAUGA